UCACAUAAAUUGAUAUACUAUCUUGUCUUGUCCUAAUUUAAGUUGAAAUAUUUAUUAAAAGUUAUUCAGUCAGGUAAGAACGUUUAACAGUUUUAUUCAAAAUGGCAACCGAUAUUAAGGUAACGUCUGGGUGUACUGACGAGGCAAACCCGGGCCUGUUCGAUAUCCGGGCUAUGCCUUCACAACCGAAGGAGAAGAAGCCGGGUCAGCUGCCGGAAGAGGUGAUCAGAAAAUUCUUCGAAGACGGCUAUGCGAUUGUAGAAGAUUUCUUUGACAAGAAGCUUCUAGACGACUGCAGAGAAGCUGUUAAUGAACUUGUUGAACAACUUGCACAAAAAUUAUAUAAGGCGGGAAAAAUCAAAGAUCUAUACAAAGAGUUUGGAUUUUUUGAAAGGCUGAUCAAAAUUGAAGCAGAUUUUCCAGGGGCAAAUGUCAUAUUGCAUAAGUAUGGAAAACUCCCACCGGCGUUCAAGGCAUUGUGGACCAAUGAGAGACUGUUGAACGUUGUGGAACAGUUAAUAGGACCAAAUAUCGCCGGGCAUCCUGUCUGGAAUCUGAGAACUAAAACACCACAAAAUGAGGCAACAACCGUCCCUUGGCAUCAAGAUGUGGGAUAUCUUGAUAAUAACUCCUACAAAGUGUUGCAGCCGACAGCAUGGAUACCGCUGCUGGACGCCAACGAGUACAACGGAUGCAUGGAGCUUAUGAAUCGAGGUCAUAGGACAGGAAAAGUGGGAACACACCAAUGUUGCCAUGGCGGCACGUGGUAUGUCAUGCUCGAGGAAGAUGAGAUGAAGGACAAACUAGACAUAAAUGUUGAGAAGGAUCGAGUUUUAUGUCGGGUCCCAUAUGGUGGAAUGUUACUGUUGAACAAUAUGAUACCACAUAGAAGUUUGCCAAACAUUUCCGAGCAGACGAGAUGGAGUCUUGAUCUCCGGUGGCAAAAUCCGAAACUUCCGAAUGGAUUUUAUGGCAUGAAGGAAUGUGUCUUGAUGAGGACCGAGGAUAAUCCGAACUUGGAGGUGGACUGGGACACGUUUGAGGGCAUAGAUAGACACGCAGAGCAGAGGAAGUCAGUUGAGGACAUGAAAGAUGUUAUUCCAAAAGCGGAAGAUGAAGACUUCGACAUUACAAUCCAGGGUCCAUGGAUGAAGAAGUGGGAAAUUGUACAUGUCAAUGAUCAUGUCAGAAAACUGGACAAAAAUAUAGACUAUGCUACGUGGCAUGGACAUAAAGCUUAAGAAAUGAUGUACAUAAAUGAUCACGAGUAAAGACUUUGUUUACUACAUAAAUAAAGCAUUAUCUUCGGUAAACAAAUCAGAAACAUAUUCAAAUUGCGGCAACAUAUACACAAUUCUAAUGUACUCCAAAUACGCUAUAUUGAAUGUCUGUGACAACAUACUAAAUGGGAAAUGAUAAUGCACAUUGCUAAAGAUUUUUAAUUAAUUUAUUACGAUAUUAUAUGAAUCUUCUAUUUCUGCUGAGAAAAAAAUAUUAUGAUAAAAUGUCAUAUUCGUAUGUAGACACUUCUGGUCAGCAAUGUCCUUAUGACUGGCAACCAUACUCGUAUCGAUAUUUUAAACUGUUAUUAAACCAGUUCUAGUCCAUUCAUACAUGUGUCAUUAAAUUAUAUGCAAAUGUA